AGGGCUUCAGCUCAGAGGUGCAGGAUCAGCUGCUCUGGCUGAGUGACAUCGACAGUCAGCUGAUCUCUACGAAGCCAUUCGGAGGUCUGCCGGAGUCGGCGCAGCAACAGCUGCUCAAGUUCAUGACCGUCUACAACGACCUUGAGGCGGGUCAGCCGCGCGUAGAGGUCGUGCUGUCUCAGGGAGAGGAGCUGGUCACCAAGCUGGGAGGAGAGACCGUCACCGGCCUCGAGAACAGUCUGAGAACGCUGAGGAACACGCUGGCCAGCGUCCAGGCUCGAGCCGAGGAGCGGAAGGGGAAGCUGGAGCUGGCAUUGAAGGAGGCGCAGGACUUCAACGACUCGCUCGAGGCGUUCCAGGUGUGGCUCGGCAACACGGAGAAAGCUCUGCUCGCUGCGAAACCAGUCAGCCGCGUGCUGGAGACGUGCGACACACAGGUGGAGGAGCAUGAGCUGCUACAGAUGGACAUUGGUCAUCAGCGGGAGGUGAUGCUGGCGCUGGACAAGACUGGCACGCACCUCAAGUACUUUGCGACGAAGCAGGACACGGCGUGCAUCAAGGGUCAGCUCUCCGGCGUGCAGGCGCGCUGGGAGAAGGUCGUCGUCAAGGCCGACGAGCGCGCACGCCACCUGGAGGCGGCGCACAAGGUCGCCAAGGAGUGUGAUCAGGAGGCGGCUGAGUUCCAGGACAUGUGGAGCGACCUCUGUGAUUGGCUGGCUGAGGCCGAGGAGGCCUUGAAGGGAGACGCGGGAAUCAGCAAUGAGCCAGAUAAGAUUCGACACCAGCUGAUCAAACACAGGGAGUUCCAGAAGUUACUCAACAACAAGAUGGUAGCCUAUGACAUGACCAUGAAGAAGGGCAAAGUGCUGAAGGAGAAAGCGCCCUCUACUGACAUCGCUGCGAUACAGUCAAUGCUGAACACACUGAAGAACAGCUGGAAUGGAGUUUCCUCAUUAGCCGUUGAGAGACAGAGGAAGCUGGAGGAGGCGCAGGCGUUCUCGGGGCAGGUGAAGGAAGCAAUGAAGUCUCUGCUGGAGUGGCUUUACAAGGUGGAGCCGACGCAGGCGGAGCAUCUACCCGUCCGCGGCGACAUCGAGACGGUCAAGUCACUCGCUGACCAGCACAAGGCGUUCCGCCACGAGCUCGUCAUCCGCUCACAGAGCGUCGACACCGUGCAAAAGUCUGCGCAGGAGCUGCUGGAGAAAUCGAGCGACGAGGAGGGCAGCGUCCACCUCCAGGGGGAGCUACAGGAGCUGACGGCGAUGUGGGACAGCGUUUGCAAGCUGAGCCUCGCCAGGCAGGAGCGCAUCGACGUAGCUCUCAGACUGGGCGAGGAUUUCCGUGUGUCGGUGGACGCCUUCCUGGAGUGGCUGUCGGACGCCGAGCUGGAGCUAUGUCACGCUGGUCCGCUGUCCGAGGACGAAGACAUCAUCAAGGAACAGCUCGACGACCACCAGCGGCUCGUCGCGCAGCUGGCUGAACACGAGGGGGCGCUGAAUCACUGCAAGUCGCUCGGCGACGAGAUCAUGGCCCAGUGUCACCCGGAGGCUGAGAGAUCGAUGAAACACUGGCUGUCCGUCAUCCAGCAACGCUGGGACGAAGCUAACGCGUGGGCUUCACAGCGCGAGGACCGCCUCUACAAGCAUCUGCAGGGAUUGAAAGACAGCGCACACAUGCUGGAGGAACUGCUAGCAUGGCUGAUCCGCGCGGAAGAUGACCUCAGGUCACAGGACGCGAAGCCAAUACCGGACAACCUGGAGGCUGUGCAGAAGCUGAUGCAGGAGCACCAGUCCUUCCAGGGAGAUAUGAUGUCCAAGCAACCGGAGGUGGAACAGAUAACCAAGUCCGGCAAGCGUGCGGCCCCAGCCACCAGCACACCAGCAGCAGGCAAGAAGGGCAAGCAGAGCCCGGACAAGCAGGACCCGAAGGUCGCUGAGCUGUUUAACAAGUGGCGCGGCGUCUGGCUGCUGGCGAUGGAGCGACAGCGUAAACUCAAUGACGCCUACAACAGCCUCAUGGAGAUCGAACGACUCAAGAACUUCAAGUUCGACGACUGGAGGAAGCGGUAUUUGGACUGGAUGGACUACGAUAAGGGUCGCAUGGCGGAGUUCUUCAGACGGCUUGACAAGGACCGCGACGGUAAAGUCACGCGUGAUGAGUUCAUCAAUGGCAUCCUGAAGUCAAAGUUUCCCACCUCACAGCUGGAGAUGGGAGCCGUGGCGGACAUCUUUGAUAAAGACGCUGACGGAUUCAUCGACUACAAGGAGUUUCUGGCGGCACUCAAACCGGACUUGGACAGACCGAAGCCGAAGUCAGAAGCUCAGAAGAUAGACGAUGAGGUCCAGAGGCAGGUGUGUCAGUGCACCUGCCCCCACCUGUUCAUCGUGCACCAGAUCGGAGAAGGAAUGUACAGAUUUGGUGACUCUCAGAAGCUCCGCCUAGUGAGAAUUCUGCGAAGCACGGUGAUGGUUCGAGUUGGUGGCGGCUGGAUGCCGCUGGACGAAUUUCUUGUCAAGAACGAUCCAUGCAGAGCGAAGGGUCGCACGAACCUGGAGCUGCGUGAACAGUUUAUCCUGGCUGAGGGCGUCGCGCAGAGCAUGGUCGCGUUCAAGACGAAGAGUCCGGCGGGUAGUAGCCAUGGCUCCACACACAGCGGCUACAGUGCAGGCUCGUUCAGCUCCUGCUCCUCCACCCCAGGUUCCUCCUCCAAGCACAAGACGUCGACGCCGCUCAGCAGGAAGGUUCACAGCCAGCACGUGGCUCAGAGGAAGGCUGCGGCGAGCCCGGACGGCAGCGACACCAGCUCUCUGAACAGCGCCAGCUUCGCGACGUGCGCCGCGGGGCACCUCGCCGCGCAGCACUCGCCCGAGGGCGUGAAGCCUGGAUCUCGGACGUCGUCUCAGGCUGCGAGUCGAUCAAGCAGCCGAGCGUCCAGUAGAACUCCGAGCCGGGCGGGCAGCGAACAAUCGCUGUCAGAGCUAUCGUCGCACAGUGAGCCGUUGCUGGAUCAGGUGGAGACGACGCUGUCACCCGUUCGCACGUCAACGCACGGCGGCAUUACCAUGCGUGAGCAGGUAUGUAUGGAAUCGUGUACCGGGGGGAGAAAUACACAUUUUUCCGGAAAUAGCCGAACGGUACACGGUGGAUUGGGUCGAAUUGUUGCCGCGGUUGAGAAGCCGCUGCGACAAUGUCUCCUGGUCAAGAACGAUCCGUGUGUAGCGAAGGGUCGCACGAACCUGGAUCGGCGUGAACAGUUCACCCUGGCUGAGGGCGUCGCGCAGAGCUUCUCCUCUACCCCUGGUUCCUCAUCCAAGGUUGUGGCACGGUCCGGCCGCACACGAUCCCGGCGCGCACCAUCCCGCAGCGAACCUCGCCCUCCACCGGCGCCACCUGCCAACCCACCCGCGUCUCCGACCAAGUCCGCGAGUCCCUCGUCGUCGAUGACGACCACCCGCACGUCGUCGCCGGCGCCCUCUGCGAGGUCAGGGGUCAAGGCCACGGUGAGGUCGGCGGCGCACUCGACCCCGGGUCGCGCGAGCAAGAUUCCGGCGCCGAAAGGAUCGGCGAGUAAAAUCCCCGCGCCGAAGCCGUAGAUGGCGCCACCGGGAACCGGACCGGGGAGAGCGCCAU